CACGCUACUGAGACACGCUAGCAACAGUAGAGCCUCUGAAUCCGCUCUGCCCCAAUCACACACUGGCUAACAGAUCACUUCACACACACCAGCCCUCCCUUCUCCUCCUCUUCAUCCUCCUCCUCUCUCUCUCUUUUGCUCACUCGCUCUUCUCGCUUACUCGCUUCUCCAUCACUCGCUCUCCCUCGUUCUCUUGCUCUGAACACUUCCUUUGGUAGCGGAGGAGUGUGUGACUGUGUGUGUGUGUCCAGUGCAGGGAUAGCAGCGGAGAGAGAGAGAGAUAAAGACGGAGACAGAGACAGAAUGCCAGCAGAGUGACAGCCAGCAGUCAGUAACAGGACAGAGAGAGAAGAGAGAGGACCUUGAGACUACGACUAACUGGCAUCAAUGUGAAGAGGUCUCAGAGAUCCAACGACAAGGUCAGAAACAGACACAAGACCGGGACCAAGCGUGAAGAAGAGUAUAGAUGCUGAGUGUGUGAUAGAAAGCGAGGAGCAUCAGACACCAGUGGACAUCAUCUUUCCAGACCAAGUUCUUUUGAGAUUGCAGAUACAACAAGGUUCAGAGUAAAGAAAGAUCCACACCCUUCUGACUCCACCUCACACCCUGACCCUAACAGUUGCAUCAGUCAUGGACAGAAACUGAGACAGAGUAUUAAUGAUGAACACCCGGAGGUUCACUGGGCAGCACAGAAGUCCCUUCACUCGCCACUGUCAGCUGUAUGGAUAACCCAAGCUGGGCAGAAACCAAACCAGGAACUGGCUUGUGUAAGCAGCAGGGAACCAUUGCUCUUUUUGGCAACGUGGUGUACAGCGGCCUGCUCAACGAACAUAUCUGGCAUUUCGGGAUACCCAUCGUCACCAGACUGGGUAACCAAGAGGCACCAGCCCCUCCUGAAGCGAUGGCCCAGCCCUACCCACCAGCCCAGUACCCCCCUCCCCCCCAGAACGGUAUCCCAGCGGAGUACACCGCCCCCCACCCUCCUCACCCCCACCCGCCGGCAGACUACACGGGGCAGAGUGCAGUGGCUGAGCACGCCCUAACGCUGUACGCAGCCACACAGACACACAGCGAACAGACCGGCAACGAGAACAACACACCCACCCUCACCGCCACUACAGUAUCGCAGGCAGAAGAGGUUGCGCAAACAGAGGGCUCCCAUCAGCUCCACCUGCAGCAGUGUGAUUCAUCAGAGAAGCAGCAGCCCAAACGGUUACAUGUCUCCAACAUCCCUUUCCGCUUCAGAGACCCAGACCUCAGGCAAAUGUUUGGGCAAUUUGGGAAGAUUUUAGACGUGGAAAUAAUUUUUAACGAGCGAGGUUCCAAGGGUUUUGGGUUUGUAACAUUUGAAACGAGUGCAGAUGCGGACCGUGCACGGGAGAAACUAAAUGGUACAAUCGUAGAGGGACGCAAAAUAGAGGUCAACAACGCAACAGCACGAGUAAUGACAAACAAAAAGGUGUCAAACCCUUACACAAACGGCUGGAAGCUGAACCCCAUGGUGGGAGCUGUCUAUGGUCCUGAAUUGUAUGCAGUGGCAGGUUUUCCCUACCCUAGUACAGGAGCGACAGUAGCCUAUCGCGGAGCUCAUUUCAGAGGAAGGGGGCGGGCCGUCUACAACACAUUCCGCGCCGCGCCCCCACCCCCACCCAUUCCUGCCUAUGGAGCUGUUGUUUACCAGGACGGCUUCUAUGGUGCAGAAAUAUACGGAGGUUAUGCAGCAUACAGAUACGCCCAGCCAGCAGCCACAGCUGCAACCGCAUACAGCGACAGUUACGGGAGAGUCUAUGCAACAGCAGACCCAUAUCACCACACGAUUGGUCCUGCGGCCACGUACAGUGUGGGUACUAUGGCUAGCCUAUACAGAGGAGGUUGCAGUCGCUUCACUCCCUACUAGAGAGAGAGAGAGGGACAAACGCCUCCCUCCUUCUGCCCCCCAGCAAAACAAACUAACAAACAAACAAAAACAACUAUCAAACUAAACUCAUACUUCCUGGUGGGAAACAAAAACAACUAUCAAACUCAACUCAUACUUCCUAUUGGAAAACAAAAACAACUAUCAAACUCAACUCAUACUUCCUAUUGGAAAACAAAAACAACUAUCAAACUCAACUCAUACUUCCUAUUGGAAAACAAAAACAACUAUCAAACUCAACUCGUACUUCCUAUUGGAAAACAAAAACAACUAUCAAACUCAACUUGUACUUCCUAUUGGAAAACAAAAACAACUAUCAAACUCAACUCAUACUUCCUAUUGGAAAACAAAAACAACUAUCAAACUCAACUCAUACUUCCUAUUGGAAAACAAAAACAACUAUCAAACUCAACUCAUACUUCCUAUUGGAAAACAAAAACUAGAACAAAACACUUCCAGCUCCAAAAACACAUGAACCCCUGGUCAAGAAUCUCUCAAAUUGAUGUCUCAUUUUAAGACUUUUAUUUGACCAUAUGCAUUGUCUUUCAUCGCUGUAUUGUAAAUGAUGCUAUUUUGAAUUUCCUGUAUUUCUCUGGGUUGAGAUUGAUGGUUUAUUGAAUGUAAGAAAGCACAUAGUGAGAGAGAGAGAGAAAUUGGAGAUGAGGGAAUACAUGUAGGUCUCUCACUUUUCUCUCUCUUCAAUAAAUGUUAAAAUAUUGUCAUUAAUUGAACACUUUCUCAUUGACAAUAGUAUUUCCUGGUGCGGUUUGCUGUCUCUGUAUAAUGUGAGUCAUACAGAGGGAAUUCACCAACAAACAGAAAAAUGCUGCCUCUGUAUUUUCCUCUCUUUAAGUGUGUGCUCUCAAACUCGGCUCCUGUGGGAUGUGUCUGUGAUUGCGGGUUUUAAUUCCAACCCAUUUUCUGUACCCUUAUUGUUUCAAUUAGUCAUUUUCCCAAUAUACAUUAAGCCCGCUAAUGGUCAGCAAUUCCAGUUUAAGCAACAAAUUUCAAACUGCGUUUUAUUAAGUAAGUAAAUGGUACAGCCGGCCUAUUUCAUUCCCUUAAGGGUAUUGGCUGGACCCAAAGCCUACAGAACAGACCCAUAAUAACAAGCCUUUAGUUUGUAGACCUGAGACUUCUUAGGCUAAUGAGAGAAACAGAAACUCACUCAGCUGGGUGGUUGUCUCUAGCUCAGUUGAUAGAUUAUGGUGCUUGCAACCUCAGGAUAGUGGGUUUGAUUCCUGUGACCACCCAUUUGUAAAGAAAUGUAUGCACUCAUGACUGUAAGUUGCUUUGGAUAAAAGCAUCUGUUAAAUGGCUUGUAUUAUAUAUCAAGAGGAGUUUGAGCUGCAACAAAAUGGCUGACAGGAAGUAGUAUUGUAGAACUCUGCGCAGGAGGAAGUGAUGUAUGGUAGUGGAGUGGAGGAGAGCCAGAGACAGAAGAGAAAGCACGACACUCGACUUGCUAAUUUCUUCUGAUAGGGGCAGGGCCACUCUGGCCUACUUAUCGCCCCCACCCACGGAGGCGAUGCCCCAGAGCGAGACAUCACACUGGCAAAAAAAUGUUGGUCGAGCGGAUCAGACAGGGCAGGUGGGGUGAGUGGGGAGGGGACACUAAGUAGACCAGAGCCAGCUGUACCCGUUCUCGCUUGAGCAUGCCAGAUAUUAUGGAGGAAAGCAUGCUCACGGGAGAGAGGGGAUGCCCACUUAAACAGACAGGAACCUUGACAAAAAAAAUUCAAUGGUUAACGGCCUGAGUAAACUAUCUUAUUUAACCACCAUCUUUGGGAGAGCUAUGGCAGCCAUUGCUGUGUGGCCUGGGCAGCAGCAGCAUUGUGUCAGAGAGAGAGCAUUGAUUGUGGCACUGAGCCAGAGGCAGAAAGUAUCCCAUCUCCACAGAAUGGCUUUAAAGGUACAGCACUCUAACUUUGCUUGCACCUUGAGAAAGCUAGGCAAAUUGCAACACAUUGUUUCCACACACAAACGGAAAUUGAGCGUACAUUUUUUUGCAACCAGCAAUCAGAACGAUUUAUAUAUGUUUGACCCUUGCCCCAAUCUGCCAUUGUUGGUUGUGCUCGAGAAGGAGAUGACCACGCCUCUGAGUGACACUGAUGGAAGAGAGGGAGGCUUCCCAGCAGAAGCCAGACCGUAUUUUGUUGUCAAAUAGAAAGGCUGCAUUUUCAAUGCAAUUUGUAUACACCAAAAAUAUUUUUUUUAGGUGGAAAAAAUGUUGUUUUUUCCACUAUUACUGCAGAUAUAUUAUGGACAUUUUCUGAAAUUACAAUACAGAAAUAUGACAUCAUGUUCUGUUAAAGCGGAACACAGCGUUUCUUUUACACAAUGACACUUUUGUAUGGUUUCCGUUUUCCUCUACCAAAUAAGCUACAGUAUCUACAAAAUAAGCAAUAAUACAUCAUGUUGAUAUUGCUGUGCAUUCUUUCAUUGGUCAGUUUUUCUUUUCAGAAAGAGUCCUUAAAUAUCUCAAGUCAUUAUUUUUCACCAUGCCAAAAUGAAUAAUUAACACUAUUCAACAAAGAGGAUGUUGAAGGGAAAUGUUGAUGGAAACUUGUGGUGUAAUUAAAAUGAUGGAUAUAUGAUUUAAGAGGAGUGAAAGGGCCCUGAACUCUCUUCUUCACACUCAUUUGUUUUUUAAAGCCUGCAUGCACUCUUUCUAAUGUCAUUUUUAAAUCAUCACUGUAUGUCUAAUAUAUCACUGUAUGUGUUUAUUUCAUUAAAAUAACUCCAAAUAUAUUUUUCAUGAUUUAUUUACCUGAUCCUCCUUUUGCUCAGUCUGAUCAUGUGGGCGUGUUGAUACAAAUGUAAAUAUAUUGACAUUCACAGCCCUGAUUGGCGGAUAGGAUCCUCUAGACUAAAACCUGACCUGAACAGGCUGAAAUUCCAGGCAUUUAUAUUUCCAAACAGCUUUUACACCAAAAGGGCAUUAUUAUCAUCACAAUUUCAGAGUGUGGAGUAUAAUUGAAAUAUAAAAACAUUUAAAGUGGAAAAUCACGUGGUUGACUGCACUGCUGCUUUAAUGGAUCAAAGUGUCUCUGUUGUUGUUGAGACUACCAUGUCUCGUCCCCUGAGAUUGGCUAAUGUUCUUUACUGGAAUAAUAUCUACACUAUAGGCUUGUACGAUAUGGAAGAGAGAAGAGCACAGGCAGAUAGACACACAUGCUGUAUUGAUUAGGCCAUUGAGUUGUUACCUUGUAUGGUAGCAUGCUGUGUUCCAGUCCCAGACACUGUCCCAUAUAGACAGUCUGAUAACCGGAGACAUCUGGUGCAUCCCAAUUGAACUGAGCCUUUUGACCCUAUGGGCCCUGUUCAAAAGUAUGGCACUAGAAAGGGAAUAGGGUGACAUUUGGGACACACCCUUUAGGUGCAUAGGUGGGAGGGCAGAGAGAGAGGGAGGUAGGUGCUUUUAGAUUUGUGACUGACAUUAGGAAGGAUGUUAGGACUCCCAUAGGAGAAGAUGUUCAGUCUUAC